AACAGCCACCAUUUUGUUAUUAUUCAUUGGAUUCUCAUGUGCAUUGAAAUAAAAAUUUACAGUUUGUCGAUUUCUUUUAACAUUUUCGAAGGGUUGCAGUGGUGUUAUUGAAAAUAUGGUUAUUGAUUUCCGGGAAUAUCAACAUGUUUUGGCCUAAAACGGCUUUGAUUAGUUGAAAACGUUGUAUUUUUAGCAUUGUUUUUGUUUUGCUUGCAUAAGGUCACAAAGAAAUGGAUUGAUAUUCGUGACAAUUUCUGUGAAAGCGAAGAGGGCUGCUGGUUGCAAUGGAGCUGUACAUUGAGACUCUCACAGGAGCUGCAUUUGAGCUUAGGGUUUCUCCUUUCGAAACGAUAAUGUCAGUAAAGGCGAAAAUUCAAAGAUUGGAAGGAAUCCCUAUAGCUCAGCAGCACCUGAUUUGGAAGUCGGUAGAACUGGAGGAUGAUUAUUGUCUCCAUGACUACAGUAUACAUGACGGUGCCACUCUAAAACUGGUCCUUGCUAUGCGUGGUGGACCCAUCAACACACGUAGAAUUCCCAUGGAGGAUCCAGCUUUACGCGAGAUGGCUGAAUAUGUGGAGGCAAAUCGGGAUGAGAUCUGGGAGAAGUUGCCUGGCAACCGACAGGUUACCUUGCUUGUGUUCCGUGAAGGAGAUCAACUCAAUUUCUUCAGAGUUGUUGAUCGAGGAGAUGGAACACUUACACCUCUCUCAGAAUCUCUCAGCGGUGCUUCAAUGUACAACUUCAAUGACGAGGAAGAAGAGGAAGAUGCCCCAACCAAGGAGAAGGUGGAGGAGAAUGAACAACUCAAGGAGAAAAUGAAACAAAUCAGGUCUAAAAUGGAUAAACUGAAUAUUAGUAAAAAGCCUCAUAGAAAACCUCAUCCACCAACUUCUGGUCGUGCAGGCAGCCGUUCAUCAAGGUUGCGUCAUCUCCCUGCCAGUACAAGCUAUAGUCUAGGUCCAACCCUCAAUCGUAAUCUUUGUCUACCACCAGUUGGUCACUCAAUUGGUGCAAUGAGUCAUCACCACCACCAUCAUCAUCACUCAUCUCUGUCUCUGCAGCAUCAGUUGUUAAAAGAGAGAAUUGAGAGAUUGGACAGGGAAGAGGAGAAAGAGAGAGCCCAUGCAGCAUUUGAUUCAUCACUACAAGCUAUUGCUGGUCCUUCUACCAGUAAGCUGUCAGAUGAUUCAGACGAUUCAGAUGGGCCUACUCUUGAAGAACUUUCAACUGCCGCUUCACAUCAACUUGACAGUUUAGAGAGACUGAGUCAGGUCCUAUCAAGAGUUAUUGAUGGAGGGGCAGCUAAUAAGGAAACUGAAAAUAAGAUUGUUCAAAAUCAGGAAACUGCUAAAAGUGAAACACUAGAAAAAUCUAAUAAUCAAGAUACUGACAAACAAGUUGAAGCCCCUAAAAAAGAUAGUGAGAAAGAAAGCAGUGAAAAGACACUUAAUGAAUCGCCUAACUGUGAUACUGGCAUUGAAUCUGUUACUCCAGCCAAUGUCAAAAGAGAACUACUUCGGCUAAGUAGCCAGGUCGGGGAAAGUUCUGCAAGCUCUCGUCCAGUUACAUCAUCUAAGGUUAAAGAUGUCACUCUGGAAAACUUGCGAGAAUCACUUCGUCCACCUAAUUCUUCUAAGGGCAAGCCUAUAAUAAAAACUGAGUAUUCAUUGUUUGAUAGUUUAAGAGAUACAAUUGGAGCUAGUUCUUCUUUAUCUCGACAUAGUUCACUAGAUAAACGUAAAGAAUUUACAUUAGAAAGCUUAAGUUCUAGUGAGGCACGUGCUAUGUCUGGACUGUUACGCCAGGCUUCACUUGAGAAAGUUGGAUCAUCUCGUAUUGGUAAUGUGACCGUUACAAGUGCUAGUAGAAAUCGUGUGACAGGGAAUUAUAUGUUAGGCAACUCUACAUUCCCAGAUGGAAGGAUAACAACUCCUGAAGGAAGAUUGGUGUCUGCACGUUUACAGAGAAUGACUGCUAGUCGAGAUGGGCGUAUUUUGUCCCCCACCCAUCGCCUACCUCCAGUUAAAGCUAAGAAAAAAGGGUCAAAAAGAUGUUUUGUUUGUGCUAAAAAAACAGGUCUUGCCUGUAGUUACACAUGCAGAUGUGGUAAUAAUUUCUGUGCUAGCCAUCGUUAUGCAGAGUCUCACGAGUGUACUUUUGACUACAAGACAGAGGGCAGAAAGCUUUUAGAGCAAAAUAAUCCUGUUGUCAGUGCCCCAAAGCUUCCAAAAAUUUGAAAUCAGUCUGGUUCUAGCAUUGUUUUAAUUAGACAGACACAGUCUCUGUUUUGUUCAUGUUGUUAGUUGUUGUUGCUAUUAAGAAUUUAUCAUGUAUUAAUACUUAAAGAAAAAGAGUGUUGUUUUCUUAGAACAUUAAAAUUAUGUCACAAAAUCAAAAAUUGACUUUCAAUAAAUCAUAAAAAGUAACUUUUUGUAUUUAUUUUUCUUAUUUAUCUUUUUUUUUGUAAUUUGGUAUGUUGUUGAAAGAGCUUUCUUAUAAACAAUUAUUUCUACAGAAACUACUUUUAUCAUGGUGGAUUUAUUUAUUUUAUUUUUUUAAAGAAUCUUCAAAAGCAUAAUUAUCGGAUUUUGUCAGGGAUGUGAUAUUUUAUUGAAGGAAAAGAUUUACAUGUUAGAAAUGUUAAUGGUGCUACAUAAUUGGUGAAAAUGAAGCGCAGGAAACCUGGAGAAUGUACACAUACCUUGUUAAAAGUAUGAUUUAAAUUUGCUUACAUAUACAGAGUAUGUAGAACUGUUACAAAUUGUUGUUUUAGAAAUUGUUAAUGUUGUUGUAUUAUUAACACAAGGGUACCUCUUGUUUUUUAUCAGAUUAAUUAUUUUGUCAUAUUUUUUUUACUUACAGUACGAUUUUAACUACAUAUCCAGAAUAUACUGGAUUAUGUAAUAUGGUAGAUAGAACUAAUAUUUUAUUACAAAUUUGCACUGGCUUUUAUUUUCUCAAACCUUUAAAUAUUUGCUACAGCUUUGUGUGGGCAGGAACCUUUCAUUUAUUUUUUUCACUUUUUUUUUUUUUUUU